AUGCAUAUAGAGAAGCUGUUUCGGGACACCUUUCUCGAGGAGAGGGAUAGAGUGUGGCUCGCCACACAUCAUUUGGACGGUGAGGCCCACAGAUGGUGGUUGGACAUCCAGGACAACCCCAGCACGGAUCUGACGGCGAUUUCUUGGAGGAGGUUCAAGGAACUCCUACUAGAGCAUUACGUCCCUGACAGUGUCAAGAGGAAGAUGGAGCAGGAUCUGCGUAAUCUGCGCCAGGGGGACAAGACGAUGGCCGAGUACGAGAGAGAGUUCUCCCGACUUCUUCAUUGCGUGCCAUUUGUUAUUCAGGACGACGAGGAUAAGGCUCGCAUCUUCGAGCGGGGACUGCAGCCUUCGAUCUUUCGGUUUGUUCAGGCUUCCAACCUCCAAACCUACCGGGAGGUUGUGAACCGCGCACUCAUAGUAGAGAGCGGCGCGGCAGAUCUGCAGGAGCGGCGAGAGGCCUUGCACAAAGGCAAAGGCAAGAGGCUCGCGGCUGAGGGUGCGAGUUAG